AUGCGCUCUUUGCCGAAGAAAAACAACCCGCUCAUCCAGCCGGAUGCCGCUCCUGCAUAUGAGGAGCUUCUGUCACGUCGUCGUCUGGGUAAGACGAACCUCGCGGUGAAGCCGACACAAGUCGGCACGUCGAAUGCGACCAAGCCGGAAAAUCUUGGACCCUUUGAAUAUGCGCACUUGCGCGCGCCUUUGCCCAAGGACCUCAAGGGCUCGGAGAUUUUCCCCUCGCACACCCCCCAGCAGCAUCCAGAGACGUAUUUCCUCAUGGAUGGCUACGUGAGCGCUACUGGAAUGUUCAAGAUUGCUUUUCCCUGGGCGAAACUGGACGAGGAGCGGUCUGAGCGGGAGUAUCUGAAGUCGCGCGAGGAGACUAGCGAGGAUGAAAUCGCUGGCAAUGUCUGGAUUUCGCCUAAACUCGCUUUGGAAUUGGCUGGGGAGUAUCAAAUGUACAACUGGGUUCGUGCCCUGCUGGACCCAACAGAUAUCGUCCAGAGUCCCUCCAGCGCGAAGAAACAGAUCACGCCGCCGCCCCGAUAUGAUCUGCCCCCGAUUGAAGCUCCGACUCAGCUCACAGCUACCUCGACGCGGUCCCGACGCGCCCGUUCCGCCUCCCCAAGCAAGAAGACUGGCUCUCCCCGCAAGCCGAGACAAACCCGAGCGAUGAAGGAAGCCAACGUGCCCUCGACAAUUGAGGCUAAUGCGAACUUGCAGUCGUCGCUGGAUGCUACCGCCGAAACAGAAUCGGUCAACGGAGCCGUCGCCACCAGUAUCGAAGAAGUUGAGGAGAAGGUAGAGAAGGUGGUCGCUAGUCCCAAGAAGUCCAAGUCGAAGAAGACCUCUAAAUCUGCCCGCAUGGAAGAAUCUGCCGAGGAGGCUCAAGAAGCUGAGACGGCGGCCGAUGCUGAAACGCAGCCAGAGGAACGAACGGAGAUCCAGACUACCGUUUCAGUUGAGAUGCCUAUUAGCCUGCCUCAAGCCCCGUCUGCAGAGGAGACGGAAGAAAUGAUCGCCAAGGCCAAGGAGAUGGUGGAAGAGGCUGUCAAGCACCAAGCCGCAGAGAUCGCUGAAGCUGAAUCAUCCGGGUCUAAGACUGCGAAGUCUGUAGCUGCAGCCGUCUCGACGAAGGCCGCCAAGAAGCGCAAGACCGAAGAAGCCCUGAGCGAAGAUGAAGAGGACGAAGAGACCAAGGCCCUCCGCGUCAAGCGGGCGAAGGUUCUGGAAGAAAAGCUGAAGCGUGAGCGGGUUCGGAACCGUGCCCUUGUCGGUGUUACCGCUGCUUUUGCACUUGCGUGA